UACCGCCCACACUUAAGACUCAGUUUAAAAAAGGAUAGGAUAUACCCCUCCAACACCUCCAACAUGUACAAGUUCGUCUUCCUCGUCUGCUCCGCCAUGCUGCUCGGCUAUGUCCUGGCCAGACCACAGGAUCAGCGCGCAGGAGCUGCCACGCCCACCUCGACGACCACAGCUGCCACCAUUGUCAAGCAGGAUAAUGUGAAUAAUGCCGACGGCAGCUUCAACAGCAGCUACGAGACCUCGAACGGAAUACGCGUGGAGAACAUUGGCUACCUGAAGAAGAUCAUUGUGCCCAAGACGGAGACCUCCGAUGGCCAGGUGAUCGAUGAGCACGAGGAGCUGGUUCUCGUCCAGACCGGAUCCUACAGCUACAGCGAUCCCGAUGGCAACCUCAUCACCCUGCGCUACGUGGCCGAUGAGAAUGGAUUCCAGCCGGAGGGAGACCAUCUGCCCGUGGCCCCGCAAUAGUUUUAUAUAAGUACAUAGAUCCCAUACUCCUUAUAAUAUUUCGCUUGAAAGUAUUAUGCACUGCCUGAAUGCCAUACGAAAUUGAAAUGUUAGUCUUAAGCAAAUACACACAUAUACCGAAUCGCCUGAAAAGAGAGAAAUAAAUAUUGGAAACGAUAAUGAAAACGA